CCGCUUUGUUACGGCGGGCGGGCGGCCGGCCCCGGCGGCGCAGCAGCAGCAGCAGCAGCAACAACAACAACAGCGACGACGGAGGUGAAAGUGGAGGAUGCGGCAGCAGCAGCAGCAGCAGCGAAGAGGGUGAAGGCCUCUCCCUCCCUACCCAGCAUGAUGGAGUACCGGGCCGGCCUGCCCGGCGCCGCUUCCGACAACGAGCAGGACGAGGACGACGAGGCCGCCGCCGCCGCUGGAGGAGGAAGAAGAUACUGUCCAAUCCCCGACGCGGGCUGGCUGAGGCAGAGUCAGGUGUACACGGGUGGUGUGGAGAGUGUUUGUCACAAGCAGCAGGAGCUGAUGCAGAAGACUGUGGAGUGCCGGUGGAGACUGGCUGAAGCCCAGCAGAGACUUUGCAACCUGGAGCUGCACAACUCUGAGUCUUUGGAGCAGGAGCGUGCCAAAGCACAGACUGAAUACUGGGAGCUGAAAAAGAAAGAGGACGAAUGGAGGCAGAAGGAAGAGGAGCUGAUCUGGAAUGAGAGGUUGAGUUCGUGGAAUAUUGACACUGUCAGCAAAGAAGGAUUUAAUAAGAGUGUGAUCAACAAAAGCAUAAAGUGUAAAGAAGUCGAGGAAGAGAAGUAUGGGAAAAAUGCAACAUUUGCACAGAAAUAUGAACAACAGAUCAGGCAUUUCGGCAUGUUGAAGCGGUGGGUUGACAGCCAGAGAUAUUUGUCCGACCACCCUCACCUUGUUUGUCAAGAGACUGCUAAUUACUUGAUAAAGUGGUGCUUUCAUUUAAAAGAGGAGGAGAAACAGGCACUGAUGGAGCAAGUGGCUCAUCAAGCUGUUGUUAUGCAGUUCAUCAUGGAGCUGGGAAGAAGCCUUCAACAAGAUCCCCGGGGCUGCUUCCGGCAGUUCUUCGAGAAAGCAAAAAUAGCUGAAGAGGGAUACAUGGAAGCUUUCAACGCUGAACUAGACGCAUUUAUCCAGAGGGUCCGAGAAUUUGCCGAAGCAAAAUCCACUGAGACGGUGCCAACGCAGAAGGCAGUGUUACACCAGAAUCGCUUGGAUGCUUGUGCUCUGCAUCCUGUGGAGGUGUUCAAGUCUUUGCCACAGGUUGCCGAGCAAUACUUGCAGCACUACAUUGAUGCAGGCCUAAGGAUCUACCGUACUCAAGAAGCCAAAGAGGAGAGGAGUGAAGAGCCUAGAAUGGACAUAUCGUAAAUGUUUAGCAAUAACGCUGUCUACUAGAAAUCCACAUAAAACAUUUUCACUACAGUGGAAGAGAAGCCGGCUAUUUUUGUAUGUAACUGUUAACUUGCCUGUUCGAAUGCUGCACUUUAUAUUCGGCAGGAGUGUUUUAAAAAACAAAACAAAAUUAGCUGUGUUUUAUUGAACCCCAAACUGAUGGUGGUAUGAAUCGGAUGUUUGAGCAUCUUGAGGAUGGCUGUUUUGAAGUGCAGUGCAGGAUUCGUGGAUCCAUGUUCUCUCCUCCUCCCCCAUCCUCGACAAAAGCAUGCUACCCAGUGGAAUUGGUCCGUCAGAUUCCAGAGUAAAUUAUGCACAGGGUUUUUUCUCCUCCGCCUCCAUUUCUCUGGUGUGCAGCUGCUUCAUAGGGGGCUGAGUUCCUGACAAGCGAGGCAGGAGGCAGCCCAGUGGGAAGUAGGUACUGAAAAUGUUGUUUUUGAGACAAAAGGGAAUCGUGCCUUGGACCUCUGCUGCAGAGUGUACAUUUCUCUCAGCGCAAGCAAUAAUACUGUGAGCAUGAAUAGAUUUCCCAUCCGUACUAACCUUUCAGCAAAUUUACCCUGCUGUGCAGUACUGUAAUUUUAACAAAUUAACAUCUGCCUAAAUCCUGGAAUGUUUGAAAUGAAAAGUUCAUAGGAAACUAGGAGAGAAGGCCGCACUUUGCAAGCGGAUCUGAAAACCGACCUCUCAUCGCCCACUUUUGAUUUUUUAAUUUUUUUUUAGAAGGGGUUCAUUGGCAGCUUGGCAAGUCUCAAGUUCUGAUUUGGGAACCGUUUUGGCAUUUGGUAAUACUAAAACAGGGUUCCGCUUCCAUUCAAGCAAUGCUUCGGCCUUGGAAGUUCAUGGCGUCUGGGUCAGACUGGCAACGCAACUUUACAUCUGGCGUCAGUAAAGCACGCUUGUGCUCUGUGGACAAUAGAAUCCUGAUGAUCAGCAGCAGGGCUUAAUAGGCAGAGGAUUCGCACGUGGGAAUCCCAAAUUCGACAUCCCAUUCGGAUCUGCAAUGUCUUUCAAGAGGCUUUGCCCCUGCCACGACCUCUCCUCCAGCUUUCCCCCUCCACGUCACUACCAAUCAGUCUAAAAGGUCCAGACCCGAAAUGGCGCCUGCCAUUCCCUCAGCAGAUGCAAACUGACCUGCUUAGCUCUUCCAGAGCUUUGCAAUUUUUUUUUUUUUGCUGGAGAUUCCAGCCACCACAGUUUCUUGUGGCACAGCUUUUGCACCGUGGAGGAAAGAUUUGGAGGGUGGGGUUCUGGAAACGAGAACAGACUGCAGUAGAGGUGAGUGGAGGAGUCGCUGUUGUGAUGUGCAGAGAAGUUUCUGCAGAGCUCUCAAGCAGUACAGGGCAACCCUGAUUUCACAGCCAGGUUAUUAUGUGAGUGUGUGUGUGCGCACGCGCACACUUUUAAAUUGACAGCACAGUUGUGGAAACAGCUGUCUACCUCUUUUGUCAUGGACGUCUGAAUCACAGGAGCAGAAUUGAUUAAUUAUAUUGCAUUUUGGGAGGAUGGAAUUUACUGACUAUGGUUCCCAGUUAAUCUGUAUAACGCAAUGAUGCUUCUAUAUAUUGCUCAAGUUCUCUGAACUAAAAAAGUGAAUUCCUGAGUGAUAAAGAUAAGGAGUUUGUACAAUCCGAACUGCUUGGAGCUGCAGUGGUUUGGUUGGGGCGAUCCAUGAAAAACACUGACUUUUUGUAUUCUUGUGAAUAAAUGUACAGUACUGACACCAGUGAAAUGAGUGUCAAAAGAUAUUGUUUGACUGGACAAGCUAAACCUGAUACUGUGAGGCUCGGAUAUUUUGUAAUGGGUGUCUGGCAUUGCACUCUUCACGCAAAACUUGAAUCAGUAAUAGCGGAGGCAAGAUGUGGUUCUAGAAAAAGCCAUUGACUGCAGAGUCUUGGUUUCCAAGUAAUCUCGUCUCCUAUGGUUCACCCAAUUUUAUUUAAUCAUUGUCCAUGAUGUAACUGCUUGUAUAUGUGUUUUUUUUUGUUGCCAAGUCUAUCUGCAGAUCUGUAUACAAACGUUGCAAAAUGAAAAUUUGCACCUUCUAAGGAUGCUGAACGAUAACUUAGUUGCACUGAUUUAUUUACUAUGCUUUUUAAAAGAGAAAAUUAAUUGCUUGGUAUGAAUAAACUUGAAAAUAAGGA